AGGCAAAACGGUGGGCCCCACAACCGCCUUAUAACGCCAGCCUUCUUCUUAUACUUCGAAUAUCACCCAUCCAAAGCAAAUCCGCUCGACUCCGUUCCGACAUUUCACAUUCGAAAUGUCGGCUCCCGAUACUCCCCGACACGUUACUACCCUCCUCUAUCUCCUUCUCCUCUUCGCCUCCAUCUCCACCGUCCGAUCCGACACCGACCUCCAGAUCCUCCUCAACAUCAAAUCCCAGCUCUCCAACCCUCCAUCUCUCCAAUCCUGGCAAUCAAACCUCCCCCUCUGCAACUUCACCGGCAUCUCCUGCGAUCCAACCGGAUCCGUCGCCGAGAUCGACCUCACCAGCCAAAAUCUCUUCGGACCGCUCCCCCUCGAUUCGAUCUGCACCCUUCCAUCGCUUCGAAAGCUCGCAAUCGGGUCGAAUUCCCUAUCGGGUCCCAUAAAACCCGAUCUCCGUAACUGCGCCAAGUUACAGUACUUGGAUCUGGCCUCUAAUCACUUCUCCGGGCCGCUACCCGAUUUCUCCAAUCUCAUCCAAUUACAGGUCUUGAAUCUCUCUUCUAACAAAUUCUCCGGCCCGCUUCCGUCCAAUUCGCUCCGGAAUCUUUCGAAUCUCAUCUCGCUCCUCCUCGGCGACAAUCCAACAUUCGAUAUCAGUCCGUUUCCGACCGAAGUUCUAAGUCUUGGCAAGCUUUCAUGGCUGUACCUGUCGAAUUGCAGCAUCGAAGGCGAAAUCCCACGGUCGAUCGGCAACCUGACGGGCCUCAUCAACCUUGAACUCUCUUGCAAUCAUCUUACCGGCGUGAUCCCGUCAGAGAUUGUGAAACUCAACAACCUCUGGCAGCUGCAAUUGUGGAGGAAUAAUCUCGUCGGAAAGAUUCCCGACGGGUUCCGAAAUCUCUCCAAAUUGGAAUAUUUUGAUGUAUCCGACAACAAACUCGAAGGUGAUCUCAGAGAAUUGAAGUUCCUGACGAAUCUCAUCUCGCUACAACUCUUCGAUAAUGGAUUUGAGGGUGGAAUUCCAGCAGAAUUUGGGAAUUUCAAGCGCCUCGUUAACCUUUCUCUGUAUUCGAAUAAGCUAUCGGGGCCGCUUCCACCGGAGCUUGGAAGCUGGGCUGAAUUCAAUUUCAUUGACGUCACUGAUAACAUCUUGGAAGGCCCCAUCCCACCCGAUAUGUGCAAGCAGGGCAAGAUGAAGAAGCUCCUCAUCUUAAACAACCGACUCUCCGGCGAGAUUCCGGCAAGCUAUGCAGCCUGCAAGACAAUGAUCCGUUUCCGGGUCACCAACAAUUCGCUUUCAGGGAGAGUACCUUCUGGAUUGUGGGGCCUACCGAAUGCAGAGAUCAUCGAUCUCGAAUUCAACAGCUUCGAUGGCCCCGUGACCUCUGACAUCGCGAGUGCUGGGAAUCUCGGGCAGCUGUUCAUCUCGAACAAUAAAUUCUCCGGUGGAUUGCCACAGGAGAUCUCGAAAGCCACGUCAUUGGUUUCAAUUGAAGCUAGCUACAACGAAUUCUCCGGCGAGAUUCCGUCCGGCAUCGGGGAAUUAAAGAAGCUAAACAACUUGUUGUUACAGGGGAAUGCAUUUUCCGGGGACAUUCCGGACUCAUUAGCUUCUUGUGAUUCGCUCCACGUAAUCAACUUCGCCGGAAACUCACUCUCGGGUCAGAUUCCAGCGAGCUUGGGGUCCAUGCAAUCCCUCAAUUCAUUGAAUCUCUCAGAAAACAGACUUGUGGGUCAGAUUCCGGCGAGCUUCUCGUCUUUGAAGCUUAGCCUUCUAGACCUAUCAGAAAACAGACUAACAGGCCGCAUACCGGACACUCUUUCCAUCGCGGCCUAUAACAGCAGCUUCAUCGGAAAUCCCGGCCUGUGUAGUCAGAACAUUCAGAAUUUCCGGCGAUGUUCGUCUGAUUAUGAUAAGAGCAGCAAACUCAAAACACUGAUUUCAUGCUUCCUUGCCGGAGCGUCUGUCCUGAUUGUCGCUCUGGGCUGUUAUCUCUUUGUGAAGAAAGGGAGAAGAGAUCGUGACCGUCCAAUCAAAGAAUCGUGGGACAUGAAGUCGUUUCGGAUUGUCAGCUUCACUGAGCAAGAGAUCUUGGAUUCGAUCAAGCAGGAUAAUCUGAUUGGGAAGGGUGGGUCGGGGAACGUGUAUCGGGUCCCUUUAGAUAAUGGGAAAGAGCUUGCUGUGAAGCACAUAUGGAAUUUAGAUUCCGGCAGCAGCGGCCGGAGGAGCAGCUCGGCGAUGCUGAUGAAACGAUUGGAAAUUUCGCCAGAAUUUGAUGCUGAGGUGGCGACGCUGAGCUCGAUCCGGCAUGUGAAUGUGGUGAAGCUGUAUUGCAGCAUCACCAGUGAGGAUUCAAACCUCUUGGUGUAUGAGUACUUGCCUAAUGGGAGCUUGUGGGACCGGCUCCACACAUGCCAGAAGAUGGAGCUUGAUUGGGGGACCCGGUACGAGAUCGCGGUGGGGUCCGCCAAGGGGCUAGAGUAUCUCCACCAUGGAUGCGACCGGCCGAUCAUACACCGCGAUGUGAAGUCGAGCAACAUUCUCUUGGAUGAGUUCUUCAAGCCCCGGAUUGCUGAUUUUGGGCUUGCAAAGAUCAUGCAGGUGAGUGGGGCCAAGGAUUCGACGCAUGUGAUCGCCGGGACUCACGGAUACAUUGCCCCAGAAUACGCGUACACUUGCAAAGUGACUGAGAAGAGUGAUGUAUACAGCUUCGGUGUCGUUCUAAUGGAACUAGUGACCGGAAAGCGGCCCAUCGAGCCCGAAUUCGGCAACAACAAGGACAUUGUGUACUGGGUUUCAUCACAGAUGAUGAGCAGGGAGAGUGUGAUUGGCUUGGUCGAUGCGAGGAUACCGGAAGCGUCGAAGGAAGACGUCAUUCGGGUGCUGCGGAUUGCCAUUCUCUGCACUGCCCGCCUUCCGGCAUUGAGGCCAACGAUGAGAACUGUGGUGCAGUUGUUGGAGGAUGUAGAGCCUUGCAGGUAUAUUGCCAUUGGUAUUAAGGAUGAGAAGAAGGGAGGGAAUGAUGGGUUCAAAACAGAGAAGCUCAAUCCCAGCCUUUAAUCAAUCUAAAGUUCAUUGGUGGGGCGAUGUCACGUUUGAUCAUCGAUGGGCCGCUGGUACCAUUAGCUCAAUAGGCCCCUUUCAUGUGUUGGUUUUGGUGUCUUUAACCGUAGCUUGUAUGUAAACAUAGGCCUGCUAAGGCUAAUGGCGGGAGUUUUAUUUUGAAUCCCACGCAGGACGACCUGGGCUGUUCAUUUGAUGGGCCCCAUUAGGAAUGCUCGACGGCCCAAAAAUAAGGCCCUGUCAUGAAUGUGGUCGAGCCUUAUUAACUGCCCAUUUUCUCUGAACCCAAGUGGUCCAUCUGAUGACUGGACUAGACUAAUUUCUAGGCUAGUCAUAUACACACUGGGCCAGCCUCAAGAACGGCCUGAGUAGCUCACACGUGGGGGAGAGAAGAUUCGAUUCAAAAUCCUACUCUGGCAAGUAGCCUUAGCAUGUAUCGUGUAUAUAUAUCAGUUAGGCGAUACUGAAUAAUGUUGGUAGGGAUGAAGAUCCAAGGUUCAUGAAGCAGACCGGGCCACUUUAGUGGGCCAUGGAUAGACCUGAAAUGUGUUCAACAGAUCCAAGUGUGAGAAAGUAGUAUAGAUUCGGAAAUAAAACACAGUUUUCUAGUUUUAAAACGUCCUCCAAGCUGUAUCAUGUAGCAUGGACAAUGUAGCGAAAUCAGACGGUCUAUGUUUCGUGGGUUUAA